AUGCCCGAAAUCAGUAGGGCUGAGCUCGACGACAUCUAUACUUUCGCGGUCCAGCUUGGCAAGGAUGCUGGUGACCUUCUUAUGAAGUACGCCAGGGCGCAGUGGAGUGGCGGCGCUUCCGCGGAAUAUGCUCUUACGGAGAAAGACAGUUCCGUUGAUAUUGUGACAAAGGCAGAUGAAGCUGCAGAUGUAGAGGCAUUUAUCAAGACUGCGAUCGAAGAAAAGUUUCCUUCGCACAAAUUCAUUGGUGAAGAGUCAUACUCCAAGGGAGGCUCUCGGGAUUACCUCAUAGGGGAAGAACCAACAUGGUGCAUCGACCCGCUCGAUGGGACUGUGAACUUCACCCACCUGUUCCCCAUGUUCUGCGUUUCAAUCGGCUUCGUCCUGAAUGGAAGGCCGAUCAUAGGUGUCAUCAAUGCGCCUUUUCUCAACCAGCUCUUCUCCUCCUGCCGCGGUCGAGGCGCCUGGUUGAACGAAACACAGCAGCUACCCCUGAUCAGAAGCCCUGUGCCCCCUAUGCCGACAAAGGCGCCGAGCGGUUGCGUCUUCUCUUGUGAGUGGGGCAAGGACCGGAAGGACCGACCAGAUGGCAACAUGCACCGUAAGGUAGAAAGCUUCGUAAACAUGGCCGCCGAGCUCGGAGCCCGUGAUGGCAAGGGAGGGAUGGUUCACGGUAUGCGAAGUCUUGGAAGCGCCACACUGGACCUGGCAUACAUCGCGAUGGGUUCUUUCGAUAUAUGGUGGGAAGGAGGGUGCUGGGAAUGGGAUGUCGCCGCGGGCAUCGCCUUGGUAGAAGAGGCUGGUGGUCUUGUCACUACAGCAAACCCACCUGAGGAUUACCAGAAAGCCUCUAUCGAGGAAGUGCGCUUAGGUAGCCGACUGUAUCUCGCCGUAAGGCCAGCCGGGCCCUCAGAGACGGAGACAGGCCGGCAAACGCAGGAGCGAGUUGUCCGCGAAGUGUGGAAACGAGUAAGGCACCUCGACUAUAGGCGCCCAGGAGUAUGA